GUUUGAUUAGUUGAUUUAGACCGGUACUUACCACUAUAUAUUUAGGUGUACAAUGGGGUGUAAGAAAUAUAUAUGAAGCAAAUAUCAUAAUCUUGAAUCUUGAUAUUUAUUGGUACUUGUAGGUUUCUAUUCCCAUGGAGUUUCUGCUUCCAUCUUCCAUUUGUGAUCCAACUACCAUCUUAGCAUUUUUACUAUUUCUUUUCUCUUCCGUAUGGAUAUCAAAAUACUUGCAGAAAAACACAGCAAAGAACAAAGGACCCCCAGAAGUGGCUGGUGCAUGGCCAAUACUUGGCCACCUUCCCCUCUUAAGAGGGCCUCAACCGCCCCACAUAAUCCUAGCGAACAUGGCUGACAAGUACGGACCGCUCUUCACUAUCAAGCUUGGUGUGCACCGAGCUCUUAUUGUAAGCAGUUGGGAUGUGGCUAAAGAGUGUUUCACCACUAAUGAUAAAGCUUUUGUCAACCGCCCGAAAGCUUUAAGCCCGGAGAUUUUGGGGUACGACUAUGCCAUGUUCGGUUUUAGCCCUUACGGACCUUACUGGCGCCAGGUGCGAAAGAUAGCCACGCUGCACAUCCUCUCCAACCACAAGUUGGAGUUGCUCAAGCACGUCCGGGAAACGGAGGUGAAGGUGUCUACGAAACAUAUAUUUGAUAUGUGGGAGCGAAACAAAGGUGUCUCAAAUAAGGUGCUGGUGGACAUGAAGAGGUGGUUUACAGACUUAACUUUAAAUGUCAUGUUCAAGAUGGUUGUUGGAAAGCGACUUCUUGGGGCUACCAUGGCGCAAGAGAAGGAAAAGAACGAAAGCUUUCGAAAGGUGUUGAGGGAUUUUUUUAUAUUAACUGGUGAAUUUGUUAUCUCAGAUGCAGUUCCAUAUCUUCGGUGGUUGGAUUUGGGAGGUUAUGAGAAGGCCAUGAAGAAGACGGCUAAAGAACUCGAUGGUGCGGCUCAAAAAUGGUUAGAAGAGCAUAAGCACAGGAGAAGUACUAAUUCUGUGGAUGAUUGUGAGCCUGACUUCAUGGAUAUGAUGCUUACUGUCCUUGAUGAUGAUAGUAUAGAAGAGUUUGCUGGUUCAAUUACUGCUGAUCAUGAUACAAUUAACAAAGCUACAUGCCUGGCGGUUCUUCUAGGAGGGACAGAAACCUCAUCAGUGACAUUAAUCUGGGCUCUUUCAUUAUUGCUCAACAAUCCUAAAGUCCUGAAGAAGGCUCAACUUGAGUUAGACAACCAUGUUGGUAGGGAAAGGCAAGUGAAUGAAUCAGAUGUGAAGAAUCUAGUCUACCUCCAAGCCAUUAUCAAGGAAACCUUGCGGCUAUACCCUGCUGCACCUCUCUCAGUACCACAUGAAUCCAGCGAAGACUGCACAAUAGGUAACUAUCAUGUAAGCUCAGGCACGCGUCUUCUUAUCAACCUUUCAAAGCUUCAGCGCGAUCCAAAUGUCUGGCUCGAUCCUUGUCUAUUCCAACCAGAAAGGUUUCUUACAACUCACAAGAAUGUUGAUAUUAGGGGCCAGAGUUUUGAAUUUAUACCAUUUGGAAGUGGUAGACGAAUAUGUCCAGGAAUCUCUCUCGCACUUCACGUUACUCAACUUGCACUGGCUCAUUUGCUGCAUGGGUUUGAAAUUGCAACUCCAUCUGAUGAACCAGUUGACAUGGGUGAGAGUUCAGGAAUAACAAACAUGAAGACCAGCCCACUGGAGGUCCUUCUCACCCCACGCCUACAUCCUAAACUUUAUGAAAAUGUUGACUAGCUGACAUGUAUGUUCUUGAAUGUUUAGAAUAGUACUUUCACUGGCUCAUUAAUUGGGUUUCAAAUUCUACUACUAUUAUGGAAUAUAAAAAACCCUCCGAGGAGGGGAAGCUCUAGUUUCUCUCUCACCUUCAUCUUCACCAGACUCACUUUCGCCUUCACCUUCUUCCCUUCCCUACCCUUUCUAGUGCUAGCUCUAGCUCUGCCCCCCGCGGUGGCACGUAUGGUUUUGAUUUCCUUUCCUUCCAAAAUCCAUUCCUCCAAAUCUUCCCAAUCUUUCAAUUUCAGAUUACCCAUCCCCUCCAACCCACUGUUCUUCCCUUUUCUUCAUAUUUCCCACCGUUUCUCUUGCUUCUCAUGUCCUUUCCAUCAAUACUUUCUUUUAUUUUUCUCUCAUCUUCCUCUUUUUCUCAAAUCUCUGAAUUUUCAUGGUUAAGAUGCACAUCCUCCUCACCCACCAGAAUCAACUUAAACAAAUGUUUGCCGGUCCUUCGGAGUUCCGAUUUUGGCAUCGUAUCGCUUGUCUAACAUCGACUCUUUGGCAUAUCCUCUGCUGCUGAUGAUGAUCUUGAUCUUACUUUCUUUGUUCUUUUCUCUUUGGUUACUUUAUAGCCUUGCAUAUAUUUGUCUGGCUUUCUGAUGUCGGUCCCUGAGGAUGUUUUGUAUGGAUUAGAGAUUUGGGUUAUGAAGAUCUUUGAAUGAGUUCUGUGCUGAGUUUCUCGCGCGGGGCUAAUUUGAUUGGUUUCCAAGUUUUCACUGCCCGAUCCGGUGACGAUUCUAUAUAUGUCACGAUUGGUUUGGCUGGUGGCGGCGAUGUCACUAUGUCAUUCCUCUUCUGAUGGAUAUGCUCCUUUACUGAAGCUUGCAGUGAUAGUUGGGCUUGUUUGUGUUUGUUUGUUGGGUUUGUUUUUUUUUUUUUUUUGUCUUGGGCCCAUUUUGGGUCCUCAGUUUGUAAUUUACCUUUGUUGAAUAAAACAUUUUCUUCUGUCGCUAAAAAAAAAAAAAUUCUACUAAAUUAUUUUAUAUGCUGCAAUAAAAUCUUAUAGUUUUUUUUUUUUUUGAUCAAUUAGGAACUCAUUCAUCAUCAAUAAAGAACUAUAUCAAGGAGUAUAUAGUAACCUCAUUAAACCUUACAACAAGCCAUAGGGAAGAGUACCGCACUUCAUAUU